CUUAUAUUGCUAUUACUUUCCUUUGGUGCUCAAUGUCACCGGAUAACUACUAAAUGAACCACAGAAACACAGCAUUGGAUAUUUAUUCCAAAACGUAGUAUUAAGUUUGUAUUCCUCUCCUCAAGGGCAACAAAAUAACAGAUGAGUUUAAUCUUCUGAAGACCCCCUGGCUAUAAUUGGAAAUGGGUUCAGCUCCACAGAUACUGGUUACAACACUGCUUGUCUUUGCUUCUGUUCAUUUAUAUACUUCAGAGAACAUCCGGAUAAGACUAAAAGGCGAUUAUUACUCCUGCAGUGGAGAGGUGGAGGUCGACAGUGACGGACGCUGGAAAUCACUCUGUAGUACAAACCUCACCAUAAAUGAUGCAAAAGUGGCCUGCAGACAGCUGUCCUGUGGAGUUCCUGUAACUAUGUAUACCAUCGCAUACACUGGACAAGAUUAUAGGGACAUCCUGGUCUCAAACCUCCAGUGCAAUGGGAGUGAACCAUCUCUUUCAUACUGCUCUAUUAAUGCUCCAACUGCUCAGAAAUGUACACAGGAUCAGACUGUAGGGCUUACAUGUUUAGGUACCUUUUAUACCUGGCUUGCAAAUGGCCCAAACAACUGUGCAGGUGAUGUGUUCAUAAAUUCUUACACUAUCUAUGGAUACAUGUCAGCAACAGAAUGGGAUAUCAAUGAUGCUAAUGUUGUAUGCAGACAGGCUGGAUGUGGAUUUGCAUUAAGUACUGCUUCCAGUUCUCAGCCUGCUGGCUUCUACAAUGUCAGAUUGGAAAAUGCAGGAUGUUCUGGGACAGAAGAUAAUUUGCAGUCAUGUCCGGGCCUCACACUGACCACGAAUCUCAGCUCUAAUUCAAGUAUUGCUCGUGUGAUCUGUUCAAAAAAUAACCUCAAGCUUCGACUCGUAAAUGGCACCACAGAUUGCAGUGGUAGAGUGGAAGUUCACAAUGGACUGAGUUGGGUGUCUGUCUGUGGAACUAACUGGGGGAUGAAUGAGGCAAAGGCAGUCUGUGCACAACUGCACUGUGGAUUUCCUCUUCAAGUUAACAGUAAUUCUUAUUUUGGACAAGGAUCUGGUGAUGUCUUUCAUGAGAUGGUCAUGUGUUCUGGCAAUGAAAUUUCUUUGUUCACCUGUGAUUUAAGUCAGCCACGCCCCUCCGACUGCACACAUGCAAAUGAUGCUAGUGUCAUCUGUUCAGGUUUAAGACUAACAAAUGGCACAGAUCGCUGCAAUGGGAUAGUGGAAGUGAACAACGGCUCUCAGUGGGGUGGAGUCUGCGGUAACAGUUGGACAUAUUCUAAGGCCAGUGUGAUCUGCCAGGACCUAAGAUGUGGCUAUGCUCUGUCAGUGCAAAGAGAUAACUUGUCUGGAGAAAAUCAAGAACCCAUUUUUUUAGAAAGCAUUCAGUGCAAUGGAUGGGAGGAGUCCCUUUCUCAGUGCUCUAACAGCCAGCUAGGAAAUGUUUUGUGUAACACUUCACAGGUAGCAGCAGUGCAGUGUUCAGGAGACGAUCUUGGAGUUUUCGAAUUAAGGCUCAUGAAUGGCAGUAACCAGUGUUCUGGUAGAGUCGAUGUAUAUGCUCAGAAUUAUAAUACCUGGGGAACAGUUUUAGGAAGCCACUGGGAUAUCUAUGAUGCAAUGGUUGUGUGCAGGUAUUUUGAAUGUGGGUUAGCAAUUGCAGCCUAUAACAACUCAGAAUAUGGAAGCGGAUCUGGUCCUGUAUGGUUUGAUGCCAACUGCUAUGGAAAUGAGACUUCCCUGCCACAGUGCCCUCUCACAUUGCUGGGACCACCUGACACAAAUUCUCAUGCUAAUGAUGCAGCCAUUAUGUGUACAGGUCCCAUUUCUGUGGCUUUCUCAAAUGAUACAAUGUGUUCUGGAACAGUUCUGAUGAGUUACAAUAACACCCAGGGCUAUAUCUCGGCAGAAGGAUGGGACAUCAGAGAUGCUAAUGUUGUGUGCCAGUCACAAGGGUGUGGAUUUGCACUGGAAAUAAGCACUGUUAAGAGGGUAGACUCCACUCCUGUCUGGGUUAAAGAUCUUCAGUGUAAUGGGUUAGAGCCUUCACUAAUUUAUUGUCCUGGUGCAACUCUCAUUACAGAUACUGACAUAUCACCAUAUAUUGCAGCUGUUACAUGUGCAAAGGGAGGGCUGGCUGUCAGACUAACAAAUGGCACAAACCGGUGCAAUGGAAUACUUGAAGUAAACAUCUCUUCUGGGUGGAAACAUGUAUGUGCUAACAGCCAGAGUCUAUCUUUUGCCAGCGUGGUCUGUGGAGAACUGCUGUGUGGUCAAGCAUUAUCAAUUGAGAGCAAUAUAUCAUAUGGAGGAAACAUUGACUGGAUUGCCCUUUCUGCAAUCACUUGUAGUGGAUAUGAAUCUUCUUUAUCAAGUUGCAAAAAUUACCCAUGGGAGAAGAGCACCUGCAACUCAUCACAAGAUGUCACCAUAGUGUGUUCAGGCAGACAAACAGUAAAGUAUGCAUUAAUUUCUGGAAACUGCUCAGGCAAUGUAGUGUUUGCAUUUGCAGAGGACUACAGUUAUUACAUGAGUUAUCAGACUUUUCCAGUUGUUGCCUGGGACAUUCGUGAUGCAAAUGUUGUAUGUCGAUUGAGUCAUUGUGGAUUUGCAAUUGCAGCAUCAACCUAUGUUCAGUAUGGAUACAGAUCAGCAGUGCUGGAUCUCCGCUGCAAUGGAAAUGAAAGUUCUUUUUACAACUGUCCACAGUCUGUUAUCGAUCCUGACAGAAAUCCAUAUGCCAUUUACCCAGCUGUGAACUGCACCGGUUACUGGACUACAAGGAUUACAAAUGGAACAAGCCAUUUUUCUGGGAGAGUUGAAAUAUUCUAUAGAAAUACCUGGAUUCCUGUUUCAACAGAAGGAUGGGAUAUAAAUGAUGCAAAUGUUGUAUGCCGGUCACAAGGAUAUGGGUUUGCACUGGCAGCUGUUACCGAUUCCAGUUUUGGCAUGGUUUCUGCUUCCACAUGGUUUAGAAACUUUCAGUGUACAGGAACAGAGUAUGCUCUGAGUGAUUGCUCUGGUGAAGUAUCAACAAAUGUCAACAAUAGCUCAGCUGUUGCUGGAGUUAUUUGUUCUACAGGUGAAUUGAUUGUCAGAUUGGUAAAUGGUACUAAUCAUUGCAAUGGAAUACUUGAAGUAAACCGAUACUCAAGCUGGGAACGUGCUUGCAGUAAUUCCUGGAAUAUUCAACUUGCCAAAGCAGUCUGUAGUGAGCUGUACUGUAAUGGACCUUCAUCUAUAGGCAGCAGCAUAGACAAUAAAGAAAGCCAGGAUGGAGUUUGGUUGAGCAAUACAUACUGCUACGGCCAUGAAUCCUCUUUGUCACAGUGCAGGAGUGAUCCAUGGAGUAACGUUUUCUGCAAUUCCUCACAACAAAUCCAAAUCAAAUGUUUAGGACCAGCAGCAAUAACUUCAGUGAGCCUGUCAGUUCAGGAAAAUCCUUGUUCAGGAAAAGUACAGUUUUACCUUGCAAAUUUAUAUAGUUAUUAUUAUAUCAGCAUUGAAAAUGGCCCUGUUGUAGAUUGGGAUCUUAAGGACGCAAAUGCCGUGUGCAGGCAGAGUGGCUGUGGACUUGCUGUUGCAGCACCGAGCAGCUCUGAAUAUGGCCGAAAAUCUGCUUUGCUGUCAAUCCAAUGCAUUGGAAAUGAAUAUUCUUUAUCUGCAUGUUCUUUGUCAAUAAUUGCCUCAAACGGAACAAAAUAUGAGAAGUAUCCUGCUGUCAAGUGUUCAGGUCAUUUUGUUGUGAAACUCGUAAAUGCUACAUUUUGUUCCGGAACUGUUGUGAUCAGUUAUAACAAUACCCAGGGCUAUAUCUCUUCAGAAGGAUGGGAUAUCAGAGAUGCUAAUGUCGUGUGUCAGUCACUAAUGUGUGGAUCUGCAAUAAAAGCAAUCACUGUUAAGAGGGCUGACUCUACUCCUAUCUGGUUUAAAGAUUUUCAAUGCAAUGGGACCGAGCCUUCAUUACAUUAUUGUCCUGCUACAGCUAUAGCAACAUAUAUUAACUUUCCAUCAUACAUUGCAGCUGUUACUUGUGCAAAAG